AGUGGAAGAUUGAUUAAAUCUACCAACACUUGCCCAGACAUAGAAGAUGGGUGGAUUAAUUUCGAGAUGGAGGGCAAAGCCUUCCACUGUAGAAGUAUUAGAAAAAAUUGAUAAGGAAAUACAGACAUUAGAAGAAUUUAGAGAAAAAAAUCAGAGACUCCAGAAACUAUGGGUUGGAAGGCUACUCCUCUACUCUUCACUUCUUUAUCUUAUUACCUGUUUAGUUGUGUAUUUGUGGUGUCUUCCUGAUGAAUGGACAGCAAGGUUGAUUAUGACACUUCCAUUUUUUGCAUUUCCAUUGAUAAUCUGGUUUAUAAGAACACUGCUCAUUUUUUUCUUUUCCAAAAGGACAGAAAGGAAUAAUGAUGCAUUGGAAGAUUUAAAAUCUCAAAAGAAAAAAAUACUUGAAGAGGUAAUGGAGAAGGAGACUUACAAGACUGCAAAAUUAAUCCUUGAAAGAUUUGAUCCAGAAUCAAAUGCAAAGGAGGCUGAACUCCCAUCUGCUGGAACAUCUGCAACCCCCAGACCUGGGCAAGAAAUCCGUCAGAGGACCACAGCUCAAAGAAACGCUUCUACACCCGCUCCAGCAUCUUCUAAACAAGGCUCUCCAAAAUCACCGCUUCCCACAGCCGCACUUCCCAAUCUGCAGAGAGACCUGUCGGCUCCGAGCGGAGCCCCAGAAAGAGCCGUUGUGCCACCCCUGCAGGCAAAUGCUUUACCACGGCGCCCUGGGUCCCCUGCUACUUCAGUGCCCGGAAUGGGUCUUCAUCCUCCGGGCCCCCCGUUAGCAAGACCUAUUCUUCCUCGAGAAAGGGGAAUUGUGGAUAGAGUUAUUGAAUAUUUGGUUGGUGAUGGUCCUCAGAACAGGUAUGCCCUAAUAUGUCAGCAAUGUUUUUCUCACAAUGGUAUGGCUUUGAAGGAGGAGUUUGAAUAUGUAGCUUUUAGGUGUGCCUACUGCUUUUUCCUGAAUCCUGCAAGAAAAACUAGGCCCCAAGCUCCACGUCUUCCAGAAUUCAGUUUUGAAAAAAAACAACCCACAGAACUGCAGUCUGAAACUGAGCCUCUGGAUACUGGAGAGAGAAAGCAGCAGGAGAGUGAACAGGCAGAAGAAUCCGAAGAAGAAACUGCUCAAACAGUUGACACAAAGCAGAUAGAUAGUGAAGCCCCGCAUCCUGAGCAGCUAGAAGAUAAAUUAGCUGAAGAAGCUGAAAAGCAGAAACCAGAAAGUGAAAAGGAGCUUUCGGCUAGUGAAACAGAUUCUGCUAUUUCUGCUGAACAGAGUGAAGAAUCGUUAAUGAAAGCAGAAUAAAAUACUUCAAGUGCCUUCUGUACCUAGAUUUUAGCUUUGUUCAUGCCUGUUACUAUUCAGGUGAGCUUUUUUUAAUGGUACGACUUAAGAUAUUGCUUGAGCUCAAACUGCCUCACUGCCAUGGUAUGUCAAAGCUAUGUGUAAAAAUGAGUAUUGUAAAUUAAGCAUGUGUCUUUAAAUGAGUUAACACUCAGCAGAAUGUAUAGUCAUUUGAAGUCUAACAGUUGUAGCCAGUGUUCAGUUUUGCAUACU